UGACCCAAACGUGCUUCGUGAUGCACUCAUCAGUCACACAGUCGUGAGUGCUUGAUGAUUGUGACUUGGAUUUUGAUUCUUUCUUUCCUCUUGGAUGCGUCUCACCACCACCGCUAGCACCACCACCACCACCACGUCUGGGCAAAGUGCAUUUGGUCGCGUGGCUCGAUUUUGCUUGCGCUUAUCGGUCAGAGCAUAGAGAGCCAGCGACGAACGAGCGUGAUGGAAACAGCCUCUGGGAUCGCGCUGGCAUCAACAACAUCUUCCACCUUCUGCCCCACUACGGACUCUGCACGGCCAUUGCCAACAGAAUGUCGGGCGAAAGACCUUUGGGAGGGUCUUCUGCCGUGUCGGGUCUAUCUGAUGCUCUGGCACAAGGAGCAGCCUACCUCUCUCCCUUUGCCCAAUCAGCCCAAGCUGGGGCUUCCACAUCCGCAGCGGGUCUGAAUGAAGCGACAAGGCACCUGAUAGAUGCCGCACCGCACCUCUUCAAACCUCGCAUGUUAUCAGCUGCCAUUCAUUCCUCUAGUCUAGGUGUGGCCGGCACUUCGGGCGAUAGGGCGAGGAUCGUGGGCUGGGGCGGACUGCCUUUGGCACUCAGUAGACCCAUCAGUCUUUCACAACCGGCCCGAAGCCUGGCCAGAUUCGGAGCAGCUGUGGCUUCGGGCGGAGGUCUUUCGGCAGCGGAACUGAGAGCGCGAGAAGAUUGCGCAGCCAUACUCAGGGAAGCGGAGGCGGAGGCUGAGCUGGGCGUUAGAGCUCAGGGAUUGAGCAUCGAAGAUGGCUCUAAUGUAGCAACAGCUGCAGCGACGACGACGGCGACGAAUGGCGAAGAGCCUGUCAGUCUGCUGCGAGGAUACGAAGCCACUCGACCUUCUUCCUUGGCAGGCAGAGCUAGGAGGAGGGAAGCAAGGGGAAAAGCAGUCGAUGCUCCCAGAUUGGGUCUGCGAGCGAUGGGCGAAAAUGCUAGAGGACUCUUGUCUGCUUCGGAAGCGCACGAAGAUGGCGAAAAUGGCGCGACGCAUGGCGCCGAGGAGGCAGCCUCUUCGUUCAAGAGCAGAGCUAAAGGUAGAGCCAGCAUUAGAGGAUCGAGAGAUGCGGUCAUCAAGCUGGACGAAUCUCAGCUUGCUGAUCAGAAGGAGGAGAUCGAAAGGGAGAAGGAGGAUGUAGGAGUUAGAAGGGCCCUAAUCCGAAAAGAAAUCUCGGCAGUGGAAACCAAAAUGGCUGCGCUUGUUGCUGUCAGGGACAGACUGGAGCACAGCCUGCUGCAGCUUCGAGAGGAGGAGCUGGAGCUGCAAGACGAGGCGCAAGGCGUGUCGGAGUUGCUCAGCUUGCAAGCGCACAGGAGGAAUAUGCCCGGUGUUGCCGGAGCGUCCGUUGCUUCGCUCUCGACGAAUCAAUCUGGACAGUCUGAGCACGCCACAUCGGCUUCGAGCAGCCGAAGAAGGAAGGGCCCCUUGUUCUUGCCCUCCGAGCACGACGAGCUGCCUUCGGGUGUUGCCUUCAUGACACUUGCGGGACACACUGCGCCUUUGACCGCUCUGGACUUUUCCGAACCUUACGGCGCGCUGGUCAGUGCCGCUUCUGACGACGGUGCGCCCAUCGUCUGGGACCUAUCUUCGGGCGGCGAGGUGGGACGUUUGAGGGGUCAUGAGGGCAACACGCGAUGCCUGCAAGUGGAGGAAGAGCUCUGCAUAACGGGAGGUUCGGAUUGCAGCAUACGGAUCUGGGAUCUUCGAAAAGUGGAGAAUUGGGAGACGAGACUGUCGAUGAAUCAACAGGCUCGGGAUGGUGAGGGUGCAGCUGCCAUCGUUAGGAAUGGAGAUGAGGCAGAAGGAAACAACAAGGACGAGGAGUGGGAUCCUUGCCUCAGCAAGUUGGAUGGUCAUACACGCGCAGUCACUAGCCUCUACUUUGACGAAGGCUGCCUGAUCACGGGGGCGUCAGACAAGACGCUACGCCAAUGGGAUCUCAACACUGGGCAGUGCGUUCUCACCAUGGACAUUCUCUGGGCCAUUUCCAACCCUGGUGGGCCAUCUACACCAGGAGGCAGUGGUGCCGCAUCUCGACGAUCCAUGGCUUUCGACAACUCCAGCGCGGGUGGAAUCGGUGGACCAUCGGUCGAUUUCUCUGGCGCUUUUUCCUACCCCUCUCCACCCGCAUCCGACGGCUCGUGGGAGAUGUACAGCGAUUUUGUUGGAGGCGUACAAUUUUGGGGAUAUGCCCUGGCUAGCGCUUCUGGAGAUGGAGCGGUGAGGAUGUGGGAUAUGCGAACGGGUCAAGCGCACAGGACCUUGUUGGGUCACACUGCGCCCGUGACAUGCCUACAAUUCGACGAGACGCACAUCGUCUCUGGCAGUCUGGACCGCUCCAUUCGCAUUUGGGACCUGAGAACGGGCGCCAUUUCGGAUACGAUUCGCUACGACUUCCCAGUGACUGCGUUGCAGUUUGACAGUCGCAAAAUUUUGGCAGCGGCAGGAGAGAGUGGCGUCAAGGUUUAUAAUAGGACAACCAUGCAGCACUCUACGCUCGCGCUCAAUGGACAUACCGCACCAGCGGAGAGACUGAGGUAUAUGGAUCGGUACGCCGUUACGGGAGGAAGAGAUGGUCUGGUCAAGACGUGGUCCUUGUAGAGGUGCGCAUCUGCGCGUCGUCGUCGAAUGAGCGCUUGCUUGCUUCCUCCACCACAUCAACAUGUGCGGUCACAUCACCUCUUGCCACUUUUUGUUCGCAAUGCAAAUCACCACAUCCUUCCCCUUUGUUCCCCCUCCUUGCCACUUGUCUAGGCAGACGUCUCAAUUCCCGUUUGAUCGAGUGAGCGAAUCCCCUCUUCGCCACUGUCCGAAGUGAGGGAGGGGAGGACCCAAAGCAGAAGGCCAUGCUCAUGCGAAAUGGGGCGGGAAAAUAGUCAGCUUAGCCAUCGGUCCAGACUCUCACGUACACGAAGAAGGGGAGGGGCGAUCAUAUUCUAUAUGACGGGAACCAAUAAAAAGUGGUCGAUGGCGAUGUAUUUCCAAUGUGGGCGUAUG